CUGGCGGCGGCGUGGGUACUGGCAGCGACCUGUCUCUUCUUCCGCUGCCCGAGUGGAUGGAGGAGGCUGCUCGGGACCUGGGCAAUGUGGACCUGGUGACGGGCGGGGCGGGGCUGCUGAGCCACGUGACGGGGCAGCUGCUGCUGCGGCCGUACAGCCUGCACGACGUGUGGCUCAGAAAGGGCGAGUACCUAGCCCGCCGCGGCCACUACGCCGCCGCCCGCCAGCUGCUGGUGCGCGCGCGCGCCCACGCCGCCGACUGCGGCAACCGGGAGGCGGAGGCGCGCUGCCUGCUGGCGCUCAGCAGGGCGGAACUGGCGGCGGCCAACCCCAAGGAGGCGAUUGCAAUGGUCAUGGCCGCUCAGCGCCUGGGCGGCGACAUCGACUUCUGGGCGGAGCUGCUGCUGCAAUACGUGGAAUGCCGCUCCGCCGGCAACAUGCCCGCCACCACCUCCGCCUACGCGCGGGAGGCCCUACAAGGCGGCAUCGCCAUGUUCCUAGCCCUGGCGCGUGACGACCGGUCCGCGGAGAAAGCCGCCAGCAGCGCCGGCGCAAUGAUGCGGCUUCGGCUGGCUCGGCUGUUGCUAAGUGACAUGGAGUUGCUGCGAGCGCAGGGGGUGAGCACGUGGAGGAAGUCGUACGACCAAGCCGUGACGUUGGUGAACCAGGCGAACAUGGCGCUGGCGGCGCGGGAGGCGGGGCUGCCGCAUGCAGAGGCGUUGAUGGUGCAAGCGGAGUUACAGCUGGCGGAUCCCACGGAAACCAAGGACCUGAGGCCCCGGUUGAAGAAGGUGGAGAAGCACCUGCUGUCGGCGGAGGAGCUGGCGGUGCGGUUCCACGCGGAGGCCACGCCGAGGGAUUUGGACCCAAGGGUCGUUACGCCCACGGCGCGGCUGCUGGCGCGGGUGCGGUGUCAGCUGGCGGAGGUGCAGCUGGCGGCGGCGGAGGAGCGGGAGAGGCUGGCGGCGGCGGAUCGGGAGCGCGCGAGACCCAAGUUUCCAAAGUUCCGAGGUCGGGAUGCGCAUGUGGUGGUGGACUUCAUCGAUGAGACUGGCGGCGGGCCGCCGCCGCCGCCGGGGUUGGAGCCGGAGGAUAGCGCGCUGGUCGCUGCCAGCGGCGCGGCGGCGCUGGUUGGGUCGGCGCCGCGGGAUCGAGCCAGGGCGUUGCUCGUGGCUGGCCGCUGCUUGCUGUUUAAGUUCCUCACUCGGGUACCGCCGCCGCUGCACCCGCUGCGGCCGUUUGUGCCGCCGGCGCCGCCGGCGCCGCCGCCGACGGCGUCGUCGACAAGUGCCGCUGAGGCGGCGUCGGUUGGCGGCAGCGCCGCCGCUGGCGCUGGCGCUGACGGCGGAAGUAGGGAUACACCGGACAUCAUGGGCGGCGGUUCCGCAACACCCGACAGCAGCGCCGGUGCAGGGCCACCUCCGCUGCCUUCCGCCUCAGCCUCCCUCGCGUCCAUUGCCGUCACCCCCCCGCCCGGCGCCUACCCCAUCUCGCCCUUCUCAACCCACACCGACAUCGCCUCCCACGCCUCCGCCGCCGCGGCAGCGGCGGCGGCGGCGGCCGCCGCCGCUGACGCCGCCGCCGCCAGCGAGGAAGGCGCCGCUGCGCUGCACCUCCAAGCCGAGGCCGCCGCCACCCUUGCCGCCGCCUUGGAAGCCGCGGUUUCCGUACAAGACUGGCCGCUGGCGGAGCAAGCUGCCUUCGAGCUCGCGCGUUGCUACGGCCAGCAGGCUCCCGCCACCGCCUGCCGGAGCCUCGUGCUGGCGCAGGCUUGCCGCGCGGCGGCGGCGGGACAGGCGCUGCUGCGCGCGGCGGCGCCGCCGCAGCAACCCGAGGUGCUCAUGCUUGCACAACGUGACGCGCUGGCGGCGUCGCUGCCGACGCCGGCGGAUAACGUGCAUUACGCUGCGUUACGCCGGGUGUUGUGUGGGCUGCGGGGGGCGGUGUCGCGGCUGGAUGUGGCGGCGGCGCCGCCGGUGGAACGUCAGCUUGCGGUGUUGCCGCCCGACCUGCGGGUGCUGUGCUUGUACUUUUCACCGGAUGGGACGCAGCUGUUUGCGGCGGCGCUGAACAUUCCUGACCCGGUGGCGAGUGCACAGCAGAUGCACCUGCAGCAGCAAGCCAGCUCGGAUAAGAGCCGCAAGAAGCUCGACCCCGCCGGCGCCUCCGCCACCUCCCUGCCCAAGCUCUCCUUGGUAACCCGCGUGGACUGCGACAUUGGGACCGUGGAAGCGCUGUCCGCUGAGUUCCGGAGCUAUCGUCGCGGCGUGGAGCGGCAGAUCCGCGAGUCCAUUGCCUCCGCGGCGGCACGAGGGGUCGGCAUGACGGAACAGGAGGAGAAACGACCCGUGGGUCCGACGAAGAAGGAUAAGCGUCAGGGCAGUCAAAGUCGGCGCCCAGGAAGCAAGCAGGGCGGCGGCCGCGGCGGCACCAACGCCGGCGGCAGCAGCGCCGGCACCCAGAGCGGCCAGGCGGCUCCUCCCGACUCGCCAUCCCGACUGGAGAUCUUUGACCCACGCAUUAACGCCGAGUGGGCUCGCCUCAUGGAUCAGUUGGAGGCCUGGUUCUCCCCGCUGUUCCCCUGGCUAGAAGCGGCGCUGCCGCCGCUGCCCCGCCUUCCAGCCAUCAGCCAAGACGGCAAGCGCGCUGCAGGCGGCGGCGGAGGCGCCGGAGCCGGCGGCGGCAAAAGCGAAGGUGGUGGCGGGGGAAGCAAGGGUGACAAGGGGCUUCCCGUCGGGCCUCCGAAACACAAGGUCGUGCUGCUUCUGGACCCCGUCUUCGACGGCCUUCCCCUGGAGGCUCUCCCCCACCUGGUCGCCACCUGCGGCUCCGUCGCACGGGCGCCCAGCCUGCAAGCCCUCGCUGCAUGCCACACCCCGGCAUCUGUAGCCACAGGCGCCGCCGCCUCCGCCGCCGACAGCCAUCCCUCUCCCUCCGUGCCUGCCUCCCCUGGCGGCGGCCUAGGAGGCCUGGGACCCGACCCCGCCUUCCCCGGCGGUCCCUUCUCCUUCUCCGGCCCGCCGCCACCCCUGCCGCCGCUGGACCUCGGGCGCAUGACAACCAUCCUGGAUCCCCGGCAUGAGUGCUCCUCCCCCGCUCAGGCGCGCGGGCCCUACAUGUCGCCCCUCAUACCCGCCAUGUCCUCAUCUGAGCUGCUGUCGGCGCUGCCUGCUGCGGGCUGGUGGAGUGGGUUUUCCGGGGAGCCGGGUCGCGCAGCCUCGGCCGAUACCUACGCGGGGUUGCUGUCUUCUGCCACUGGGUUACUGUUCCUGGGGGUGGGUCGCUUCGCAGCCCAUGUGCCGCCGGCGGUGCUCGCAGCCGCGGAUUUGACCGGCUGUGACGCGGCACUGUUGUUCGACCGGUGCAACACGGAUGCGGCUUUUUGGGCGCAGCUGUACCGGGAUAACAGGAAGAGCGCGGAGCAGAGGAGGCUGGAGGCGCCGAGCAAGGUUGCUACGUUGCUGCUGGCGCGUGGGGUGAGGACGGUGGUGGUGACGGCGGCGGCGGCGCCGCCGGCGGUGACGGUGAGGUUGAUGACGGGGGUGGUGGCGGGGUUGGCGUCGGGGAAGAGUGUGGGAGAGGCGGUGUACGGAAUGUUGACGGGCGGGCAGUUGGAUGAGUUCGAGCUGGCGCAUUUGAAGGCGAAUCUGCAGGUGUGGGGAGCGCCUGGGAUGCUGGGGCAGGUGUUGACACAGGGAGGGAAGGGCGGGAAGGGCGGCGGAGGGGGCGGAAAGGGCGGGGGACAGGGGGCGACGGCGGGGUCUAAGAAGUAGGGAAGGAGAGGGUGGUGAUGGCUUAUGUGGGUGGUUUAUGUGGGUGUUUAAUGAGGGCUGGGAACGAGGGCUGUUGACUAUCUUGGUUACCGGUAGUUACCAAACACGGGAGAGGGUGCAUGGCGUGCAGAAGGAUCAAAGCUAGGUGUCACGCAAUGCGAGAUUAAAUGGGGAAGGAGGUUUGGGGGAGCCUAUGAACCGUACUGGAGCAUGUCCAAGGGCUGUUGUGAUGCGGGGGGGGCAACGCAAAAGAAGAAAGGGGCGGGGCAAUUGGGUGCAGCGUCAGGAUUUGCAGUGAUGGUAUGGGAACCUACGGCCCGUAAUGGUUUGGGUGGGAUUUCGUCCUAGGUUGGGAUAGGCGUGCGACGGUGCGAGGCUUCGUGUGCUUGCAACAUGGUUAUGGUACACCUUCGCCUUGCGGACUCCGUACACGUGUUGCGGUGUGGCUUCCUGAGGCUUGCCACGCUUUACUACUUCAGUCAGUUCACUGCAACGGGAAUUAGCAAGCCGUUUUGUUACUAAUUGCGGCUUUCCUCUUGCAGCUUCGCAGGGACUUCGAAUUCCCUAUCUUUGCUUACUACCGGUACCACAAUGUAGUACAGCUUGAAGAACAAGGUCACAAUGAAAGACUGACAGUUUCAAAGCCUUCAUACCUGCAUUGCAGAAGGAUUACAUCCUCAAUCUAAUAUGUCGCAAAUCUUACUGCAACGCGCGACGGCAAGCGUCGGUGUCGGUCAUGCUCAACGACGGCCAGUUCCCUCAUCGAAUUGCUUCACAGCCGCUGCAAUUGUAUUAGGCCUAUCAUGUACCCGGACAAUUGGCCUCCGGGCCCCUAAUUCGCGACAGCAAUGCCAUCCGUCGUCUUAUGUUCCGCGGUCUACCGACGCAGACGUGGGGCUGUUGUCCAAUGCAGACGACGAGGACGACCUCGAAGCCAUCGGGCUCGGCAGCGGCAGCGGCGCGUUUGAUGAGUCGCAGCUGGGGUCCCUACCCGAAGUCCGCUACCAGCCUGCGAUGCCCAUGAAAGUCCGGAAAGUCUGGCGCGCCAAAGCGGAAACCAUGGCCAAGGAAAAGCGGUUAAUCAACAUCCAGGUCGGCCAACUAGGCAUUACGCCCGCAUUCCUCCGCGCAUGCGCUGACAUUCUACAAAAGCACAGCCUGGUUCGCGUCAAGCUGGGCGAUGGCAGCGGCUUGGAACGUCGUACAGCCGCUCAGUUGCUGGAGAAGUAUCUCGACUGCGUGUGCGUGCACCAAGUGGGAUUCACAGUCACAUUGUACCGCGAAUCCGGACUACCACGACCCUCCAACACGGUAUCAGACGGAGAUUCAGCUGCUGCCGAGGCUGCAGCAUUCAACCAUGCCGCUGCGGCAGCCGAGCGGAAGAAAGCGGCGGAAGAGGAGAAGGCUGCUCGGAAGAGGGCGGGUCAGCAGAGCCCGCAGCAGCGGCCGCCGGAGUUCAGCGUGCUGUGAGGUUGCGCGGAAAUGGCUUCCGGUGACGAAGCAUGGGGAGUGAGUUGGCGGGGUUGCAGCUUUUGCAGACCGUGGUAAAUGAAGUUUCUGGUUUCUCUCUGAUGGUGGGCUGGUCAGGGUAUUGACGAGGAAGGAAGGCAAUUCGCCCCGUUGUAUCAGGACGGCAGGGCGGCUGCAGGUGCGCAGAUUAUGCAUGCACGCACCGGUAUGCACUAGGAAUACGUUUUGUUAGGGGAUCAGACGCUUGGGCGCCGAUGGCUGUACGGUUAAGGCAGCGGUUAGCUAAGCGGUUAGCAGCGAGGGGUCGUGUGGGGCUGCGGUAAGGAGGCCGUACAUGCCGUACCUCCCUUCUCGGCCCUGCAGGGUACGGUACUAGGCGGUUGGGAGUUCGGAGGGCGUUCAUGGGAAGGGGGCUCUCCUUUUCAUGCCUUGAAGUCGAG